AUGGCCGGACCUCAGGAUUAUCCGUAUGGUAAUCAGCAGCAGCAGCAGCAGCAGCAGCAGCAAUACCAACAAUACCAACAAUACCCGCCUCAUCAGCAACAAUAUCCACCCCAGUACAAUGCGCCGCCGCCCACGUACGCGUACUACCAAACCCAGCAGCCAUUUCGACCAUCUCCACGCCAAAACUGGGCUGUCACCGCAGCGCGGUCAUUCAACAUUGCUGUUCCGGUAGUCAUUAUUAUCUUGAGCAUCUGGUGGUCAAUCAGGUCACAGACAUGUCCAGAUAAUGUAUCUAUUGGACAUGCAUGCUCUUGGCGACUCUGGGCUGCUCUCCCAGUUGCAUGCGUGGCGGUUAUUUGGUCUGUCGUGAUGAACAUCUCUGCGCGUCGUGCAACGCACUCAAUGUCCUCCGUCCCUCCAACUGUCAACACGGUAAUGGAGCUUAUUAUCGCGCUCGGCGCGACGGCAUGCUUUGCUAUUCUUAUUUACCACCUCGAGAACUACCAAGUCUGGGGAAGAACUUCAGAAUCCAUCAUGAUUGCUUUGCUGGCGAUACUAGCGCUUGUUAACUAUAUUCUCUUUGCAUGGACGGUUUAUGAGACGAGGUUUUAUCGAAAGCAGAUGCAGAACGCGAAUAGAUCCGGAAGGCAGAGAAAUACUGAACUAUCGAACAGCAUGCCUCGCCGCACCUCCUCUCGUUUGGAGUCUAAGGCGCUCAAACAAAGGUCAGACUGUUUAGGCAUCUCACCUCAGACAAAGCAGGAAAACAAAGUCACCAAGUCCGAAUCAACCAAGUCUGAAUCAACCGAGCCUGAAUCAGCCGAGCUUGAAUUAACCGAGCUUGAAUUGACCGAGUUUGAAUCAACCGAGCCUGAAUCAAUCAAGCCUAUGGGGGCGAAGAAGUUGAAGGCUAUACAAAAGGUAGCCAUGUGUCUAUCCGAGCCUCUGGACCACCCCAAGUUGAAGAAGGCCUUGGAAGAAUCACAAGCCCUUUUCCCGCUACCCGGUGACCUGCAACUACACCGCCCAGUGAGCGAGCUUACACGAGAAGAGUUUUAUGACUACUUGGAAAGGCUUGAGACCAGACGUGAUGAAAUGAUGGCUGAGAUCGAGCUGAAGAAUUCGUUGUGUGCCAUGGCCCAACAAUAUAAGAAUCGGAUGCUGGCAAAAAGCUGCCAAUCCUAG